CCACCAAUUCGCCCCCCUUCCCGCCCACCCAACGCUCCCCGCCCCCAUGGCGUCGCCGGCGAAGCGCGCGAGGCCCUCCGCCCCGCCCAAGUCCCCGGGGCCACCGCCGCAGCCUCUACAGGACGCCCCGGCCGAGGAUCCCCGCGCGCUCCUCCGCCGCCGGUGGGAGCUCGCCUCCGUCCUCCACUUCCUCCAGGUGUUCGAGCCGGUGAUCGAGGCCGACCUGGGCCUCUCGGCCGACGAGAUCGAGACGGCGCUCAUCGAGAACAACCGCGACCUCGCUCGCAUACACAUUGCCCUCCUCAAGGGAAUACCACCAGUCAGCAAGAAUCUCAAUGUUGACGAUGGAUGGGUAAUAGCAACUGCCAAGAAACUAUCCGAUUGGUGGUCAUGGGUUGCUGAAGGAACCAACCCGUUCAAACAAAGUCCUGGUAAGGAAGUAGAGACAUUUAAGGAGCUGGAUCCAGUAUCUCGUUUAUUUAUACUCAAGGCGCUUUGUGAAGUUCGGUCAGAGCAAAAUGAUGCAGUAUGGUACAUUAAUGAUGAAAUGAAGAAAGGAGUUAAUAUUUCCAACUUCCGGAAAGAAAAGUUAGGGAGUGCCAGUGAUGGGUCUGUAUACUGGUAUGUUGGAGACUCAACUGUUGGUCAUAGGUUAUUCAAAGAAGAUGUAACGGUUGAUUAUAAGCAGAACUGGAAGGGGAAGAAUGGCCGUUUGACAAAACCAGUUCUUAAUAUUCACUGGGAAACAGCUGCGACUAACCUCGAUGAGUUUCUUGAUAUAUCAGAAAAGUUAUGCAGCAAGAAGGGUCGAUCUGAAUCUGCCAUUGGACAGCAUCUCAAGGAAAAUACCAUUCCAGCUGUGGAGAAGUUUGAAAAGAAGAAAGAGAGGGAAUUAAAACGUCGGCAGCAGAAGGAUGAACGAGCUCUUGCUAAUAUUUUCCAAACCCGCGCUUUACGCGAACGUAAACCUGUCAGCUACAAUUACUCUGAUUAUGAUCGUUCCAUAAAGGAGGCAAUAAAAGCUACAGCGAAAGGAAAGGAAUCUGAUCCACCUAAGGAGGCAGGCAAGAAGAGAAGGCAUGUUCCAGAUCAGGGAGACAAUGGAGCCAAUGUAGGAUCUGACAUCAGUCCAGAGAAUAAUGAAGUUAGAGAACAGGUGGAUGCCAAGGACCUAGAUGAUCCUAGUUCUGACGAUGGUGAAGUCUCAGACUAUAAUGAUAAAGAUGAUGGCUCCUCCAGCAGCGACGAGGACACUGAUGCUUCCGAUUCCCACGAGAGCAACUCCGAUGAGGAGGAAGUUGUUGUGACGCGCAAGAGGACUCGUCUUGCUGCCCGUAAGGUUGAUAGCAAGCCUCGACAGCAAGGGCUUCGUCGGAGUCGAAGAAACAUGAAAAGUGAUGAUGAAGAGAUGGUGCAACCAGGGCAGGUUACACCUGAAGCAAUGACAAAGAAAACGACGAGGCAACGACCGACACCCAUCUCCAAGCAAUUCGCCAUGUCAGGCUCUGAAGAUGAAGAUGAUGUUGUUGCAGAUUCGGGGUCAGAGUCGGAAGAUGAUGUAGUUGCAGACUCUGGGUCAGGCUCAGAGGAGGAUGAUGUAGUUGCAGACUCUGGCUCUGGCUCUGGCUCAGGCUCUGAAGAUGAUGCAGUUGCAGAGUCUGGCUCAGGCUCUGAAGAUGAUGUAGUUGCAGAGCCUGAUGCAGACUCUGGGGAGGAAUCUGGCUCACCUUAGGUGAGCAUCGGUGCUCCUCUUUUGCACCUUGUGUUGUAGAAGUCUGGCUAGUUCAACAGGUUUAGGGUCCUGGCCUCGCCGGGCUUCCAGCUGUACCAGCUGGGGGAAACCAGACAGCAGCGGCAUUUCCCCCAUUGUUAGUUAUAUAGUUGUCUUCGAAGUCGUGGGAAUACCUAUAUUACAGUGAUUGUACAUUCUUGUCAGCAUGUUGUGUCGCCAGUAGAAGAUAUUAAAUUAUAUACUUUAUAAUACUUAAUAAUUUGAUCAA